ACAACCCCCGAAAGGAUGCUCUUGUUUCGCGGAGCCCUCGUUGACCGGAUGUUUAUGGGUGAGCUGAGACGGAAGUUGCUGUUAUUGGUGCGGGUUCAGGCUUGUGGCCUGUGGAUGGAAGUUGCGGCCUGGACAAUGAGUCCGGAGCGAGUCUUACCCGAACCCGAGGAUGAGCAGCAGCAGCAGCCUCCGCAGGAAUUGGGCGCUGGUCCUGGCCCGGUUCCGGCCCACUGGAGCAGUGAGGAGGAGGAAGAAGAAGAAGAAGAAGAAGAAGAGUCCGGUGGAGGCCCCGGGUCCCCUAGUCCCGGCGGCGGUUAUCAGUAUCUGCCCUUGAGUCAGGAGCCUGGGCCUGGGGCCGCUGCUGAGCCCGAUAUCGGGGAGAGGCUGCAGGAAUUGCGACUUUAUCUCCCUGAAGCACCAGUGGACAGUGACGAGGAGGAGGAAGAGGGAGGAACUCCAAGCAGUCGGCAAUCUAUACCCAUGGACCCAGAACAUGUGGAAUUGGUGAAGAGGACCAUGGCUGCAAUCAAGAUCCCAAGCCUGGGAGUCCCUUCGUGGGCCCAAGAAAUCUCUGAUGAACAAUGGCAGUCUGUCGUUCAACAAACAAUAGAAACCAGGCGCUCAACAUUGGAAGUAAAGGAGCGGGGUCAGCAAUGACCCUGGUUCUAUUCUGCAGAAUCCAUAUGAUGACAAACCUGCAAUUGUUAUGCUGCCAGACCUGAGUUUCUCCAGAAAUUUGUUCCAUUGCUACACCUGUCCUGGGAGUGUUUGAUGGGGAUGUUUUGCUUCAGUGUAAAAUAGGUAUCAAGCCCAUGUGUAUCUUUCCAGCAUUACCUCCUUGCAGUCUUGUGUAAACAAAGAAUGUAAAACAUUUGUUACAUUAUUAAUAAAAUGUUGUUGAGACUAUUUGCAACUGGUAACCAAGAUAGCCUGUUCAGCUGUCAUGCCUGAUAUGACUGAUUUUGAUGUUUCUGGUCCUACUUUGGGAUUUCAGCUUUAAGGGUAAAAGUUAAUGAUUUACGUAUGUACCUGUUCUAGCCUUAAUUGUAAUGCUAGCCCAUUUAUCAAGCUGUGAGUCCCAAGUGUUUGUGCCGCACUGCUCUCUAUCUAACUACAUGGUAAGGCCAAAAACGUUACAACUGUAUUUUGACAAAUUUCUCUUGGUUAACUGUUACUGUGUAUGUGGUGUGAUGACCAGUUUUGUUUGACAAUGCAGGCAUUAUCUUCAUCUGCCAAGGUAGGACCUGGGAAAGCAGGUUAGAUAAACAUGGUCUUCCCUUUUUGAGUUUGGAUGGUGCAGGAACUUUUGAUGCUUUACCCCCUAAUGUCUUCAGCUAUUUCUUGAGGUCAUGUGAAGGCAAAAAUAUGGCAAAGGCUGGGGGAAAUGGACAACUUUCCAGAAAUGGCACUGAAGACUUGUGCUACAGAACUGGUCAUAUCCCUAGCCAAUCUGUUCCAGUAUAUCUACAACACUAAUAUCUACAUGUCAAUAUAGGAAAUUGACUGAGUAUGUCCUGUGCACAAAGACAAAUGCAACGUGACAUAUUGCUGCUGUUGACGUGACCCCUCUGAUACUUUCCUGAUCAUCACUGGCAGUGCUAUCAUAUAGUGCUUGCUCCUGAGUUCAUUACAACAUUGUUCAAUACUUAUUUUUGAGUUUGAGGUGAGGGUGUGUGUCCUUGACAUCGAGACAGCAUUUGACUAGAAUGGCAUCACAACCCUUGAAAAUUUGAGUCAGUGGGAAUUGGAAGUAUAUUCAUUGGAGUCAUACCGGCAAAGGAAGAUGGAUGUGGUUGUUAGUCAAUCAUCUCAGCUCCAAGACAUCUUCAGCUGUUUCAUCAAUGACUUUCCCUCUAGCUUAAGGUCAGAAGUAGGAGUGUUUGCUAAUGGUUGUAUAGUGUUCUGCAUUAUUCAGACUGCUUCACUAUCAAAGGAAUUAUGUCCAAAGGCAGCAAGGCUGGGGUGAUCUCUAGUCUUGACCUGGAAAAAUGGCAAGUAACAUUCACAUCACAAGCAUGAGGUUCUCGCCGUCCUCAUCAAGACAGAACCCUUGGACAUUGUCUGCAAUAACUGGUGUUUGCUCUCAGUGGCAGGUAUAACGCCCGAAUCACAAAUUGUACUUUCUCACCUUCAAUUGUCACUCCUGUUUAUGUUUCACUUAAUCUAAAUCCUUUCAUUUUUAUCUCCCUUUAGUGUAGCAUGCAUUUAUUUUCUGUUUUAAAAAAAAACUGCUGAUUGCGGUAUCUAUUCUUAUAAUCACAGCCUGGCUGUAUUCACAAAAUAACAUUUCUUGUGAGACCCAGUUUAUUUUUGUUCUGUACAUACAUGAACAUUUGUACAAAAUAUGACAUUUCAAUACUAUGUAAUACUCUACCUAAAAUAAAGUUCAACAUAUGUACAAAUAUUAACUGUAAGCAGCUUAAUAAUGUCAGUCAGAAAAUUAGAGAUAUUUCACUUUCAGGUACUUCCCCACCUGCAGUUGCAGUAGCAGUGAGAAUACCUACAGAAUCUCGUGUCUCUGCAGGUCCCUGGGAGGCCCUCAAUUCUUUAUUCAUUUUCAACCCUUUGACUUUUUAAACCUUGAGGAUACUUUUUUUGAGAAUUGAAAAAUAGAUCCAAGUUCCCAGUUAGAAUCAGAUGUCAGUGAUUGAUUAUCUUUUAUAGUUCAUAAAGUUAAGCGGUACAGAACUUAUACCUGUUCAGUUAUUUCCUGAUGAUGAUAUGAUUCAGGUAUAAUGUUCAAUGUUAAACAUUAAAACAUACCAGCUUGGCAAGCUAUUUAAUAGUGUCACUGUAAGACUUCUGUACUUAAAGGCCAUAGUGCAAAUGGACUGAUUGAUUUCAUUCUAAUCCAUAGUUGUGUGUGUGCUGGCACUUUCCAAGCAAUGGUUUAAGAUCUCCUUAACCCAGAAAUCACGACUCAUGCCAAAUAAAUUACAGCUGCUUUAUUGAAGAA